UUUUUUGUCUAAAUUGCUCUUAUUUCAUGUUAUCACGUCGUGUAAGAUCUGUCUAUAUAUUUACUGUGUCGUGCCGCGAGUGUUAAGAAGAUUAUAUGUCGUGCGUUUAAAAAAUAUAUAUAUUACCCACCUUGCAAAUUAAGAUCGCAUAACGCGCGGCAUUUUAUAACACAUUUCAUCCAUAACAAAACAAUUCCAUAAAACAUGCCACAACAAGACGAGCAUGAGGAAAUACCAAAUCCAAGUACAUCAUCUUCUACAAAACAUCAUAGAAAACAAAAAUUAGCACCGGAAAAUGAAGGUACGCCGCUGGUUAGUCCAUGUAAAUCGAAAAAAAUUACACCAGUCAAAAUCAAUGAAAAUAAUAUCGGUGAAGAAUCGCCGCAUGGGCAAGGAAAUGUGGAUGAUGAUGAAUUUGCACUUAAACCAAAAAUGAGCUUACUUAAUGGUAUUACGGUAAUUGUUGGUAGUAUUAUUGGUUCUGGUAUAUUUGUUUCACCAACUGGUGUGCUAAUGUAUACUGGUUCAGUAAAUGCAUCGUUAUUAGUAUGGACUGCAUCGGGAAUAUUUUCUAUGGUUGGAGCAUAUUGUUAUGCAGAAUUAGGAACAAUGAUUACAAAAAGUGGUGCGGAUUACGCUUAUAUAAUGGAAACAUUUGGAUCAUUUGCAGCAUUUAUACGCUUAUGGAUUGAAUGUAUGAUUGUACGGCCCUGUUCACAAGCAAUUGUUGCAUUAACAUUUAGCGUAUAUGUUUUAAAACCAUUCUUCCCUGAAUGUCAACCACCCAAUGACGCUGCCAGGCUUUUAGCAUGCUGUUGUAUAUUGGUAUUAGCAUUUAUCAACUGUUGGGAUGUGAAAUGGGCCACACGCGUACAAGACAUAUUUACAUAUGCAAAAUUAUUCGCCUUAUUUGUAAUUAUUGCUGUUGGACUGUAUUUGUUUUUUACAGGACAUAGAGAACAUUUUUCAUUUGAUGGAACAAAAUACGAAGUUACAUCAAUUGCAUUAUCAUUUUAUUCGGGUUUAUUCGCAUAUAAUGGAUGGAAUUAUUUAAAUUUCAUCAUUGAAGAAUUAAAGGAUCCAAUCAGAAACUUACCAAGAGCUAUUGCAAUAUCUUGCACGUUAGUGACGGUUGUGUAUGUGUUAGCAAAUGUAGCAUUUUAUACAAUCUUAUCACCAGCAGAAGUUUUAAUGUCUGAAGCUGUUGCUGUUUCAUUUGCUGAUCGUGCAUUGGGACCCGUUGCAUGGACAAUCCCGGUAUUUGUAGCAUUAUCUACAUUUGGUGCAGUGAAUGGAAUUUUAUUGACAUCAUCACGUUUAUUUUAUGCUGGAGCAUGUGAAGGUCAAAUGCCAGUCAUAUUAACAAUGAUUCAAGCGCAACGUAUGACACCCGCUCCAGCAGUUUUGGCUAUGGCACUUUUAUCAAUGCUUUACCUCACAGUCUCUGAUAUUUAUGCAUUAAUUAAUUAUGUUGGUUUUGCAACUUGGCUCAGCAUUGGUGCAUCAGUACUCUGUGUACCAUGGCUACGAUGGAAACAACCAGAUUUAGUACGGCCAAUUAAAGUACACUUAAUUUGGCCAAUAUUAUAUUUAAUUUGUACGGUAUUUGUAACGGGUGUUCCGAUGGCUGUCACACCAUAUGAAACAGUGAUUGGUUUACUGAUGAUAUUCUCCAGUGUACCCGUGUACUAUGUAUUUGUACAAUGGCAAGCAAAGCCCAAAUGUUUUUUGAAUGUUACAAGAGGUAUUACUCGUUGGCUUCAAACGUUGUUUGUGGUUAUUGGUAAACCAGCGAAAUCAGAAGUAUAAUAAAGACUAUAACGAGG